UAUAUCUCAGCUGAUUGACAAAUAUGUAAUUGAAUAAUUGACAGCAGAUAUUUAUUGGGUAAAUUGGACCAACCACAGCUGAUCAUAGUAUGGCUCAAAUGUAGACACUUACAAAAGGAGGCCUUUGUGGAGUAAUGCUUGUAAUGGAGUAAGCAGAAAGAGAAUGUCUGGACGAGGAAGACUAAGAGUGAGGGGCCAAGGGAGAGGUGCAGGCCCAGGAAGGGAUGCAGGAAGAGGGGUAGCUGCAGGAAGAAGGGCAGAUGUUGCAAGAAGAGGUGCCGGUGCAGUGAGAGGUGCAGCCCCGGUAAUAGGUGUGAGCCCAGUAAGAGGAGCAGGCCAGAGAAGAGGGCAUGGUAGAGGGGUCAGGAUGCGUGGUGGAGGCAUUAGAAGAGCUGCACGAAUGGUGGUGACUGAUGAAAUCCGUGCCACUGUCAUUGACCAUGUGGUAAAUCAUGGUCUGUCCCUAAGAGAGGCAGGUGAAAGGGUGCAGCCCAAUGUGCCAAGGUCAACAGUUGCCAGUAUUGUUCGCAUAUUUCAACAAACCAACAGGUACGUAUUUACAUGGAUUGUGUCUAUUUUCAUUGGUAAAUUACUGUAUACAGUAAGUAUUUGUGGUAAUUUUGUGUUUUUACAUACUGUAUUUUCCCUUUACUGUAUUUUACUGUAAAGGAUGGAACGCCUUCCUCGCUCUGGGGGAAGAGGAAGGCUCCUGAACAAUGACCAAGAGCUGGCCAUUGUGGCAAUGGUUGUUGCAAACAACGAAAUCAGACUGCGCGAAAUUCAGGCCAGAAUUGUUGAUGAAAAUGAAGUGUUUGAGAACAUCAACAGCAUCAGUCUCACUACCAUUGCACGCACACUAUCAAAACACAGAAUGCGAAUGAAGCAGCUCUACACUGUACCGUUCGAUUGGAACAGUGAUCGAGUGAAGGAUCUACGAAGGCUGUAUGUGCAGAGAGUCAUGGAAUUGGAGGCCAACCAGGUCCCUCACGAAUUUAUCUUCAUCGACGAGGCUGGCUUCAAUGUGUCAAAAAGGCGUCGUCGCAGAAGAAAUGUAAUAGGAAAAAGGGCUACAGUUGAUGUACCAGGGCAGAGGGGUGCCAACAUCACUAUGUGCGCAGCAAUAGCACAUACAGGCUUACUUCUGCACAGGUCUCAGGUCGGGCCUUACAACACAGAGCGCCUCAUUGCAUUCAUGAAUGACCUUCACCAGCAACUGGUUCCAAAACAAUAUGAUGAGGGUGACAACAUCAGCACCUUCGUGAUCACGUGGGAUAACGUUGCUUUCCACCACUCACAGGCAGUGACGGCAUGGUUCAGGGAUCACCAAAGAUUUGUACGCCUCUUCCUUCCACCAUAUUCACCAUUCCUAAAUCCGAUAGAGGAAUUCUUCUCGGCAUGGAGGUGGAAUGUGUAUGACCAUCGGCCACAUGAUCAAAUGACCCUCCUGGAUGCCAUGGAUGCUGGCUGUAGGGACAUAACAGCGGAAGACUGCCAAGGCUGGAUCCGGCACUCAAAGCAUUUUUACCCUAGGUGUAUUGCCUUGGAAGACAUAAGAUGUGAUGUAGAUGAAAACAUGUGGCCAAACCCAGAUGAUAGAAGAGAUUAGAGACGGAUUUUUUUGCUGUAUUGUUUGAUUGUUUCUCUGCUUUACGUAUCUGGGCAUUUUUAUUU